AUGUACAGGUGUUCGGAUUGUCCAAAACAUUGGGAAAAAUUUGAUGAGAAGAAGUGUUUUCUAUUUCCGACCCACUCUUCUUCGAUUGUAUCAUGGAAUGAAGCGCAACAUAUUUGUCGCUCGCUGAUUGCACAACCGUUAGUAAUCAGUACAAGAACGGAAUUCAUUGCAUUACAACGUCAUAUGAAAUAUACAUCGCAUGAAGAUGAUCCUUUGACUGUUGCUGUUCAUUUUCAUCAAGGUAUAUGGAUUCAAAUCGAUAAUAAGUGGACCGACUCACAUCUAUGGUGUGAUAAGAAUGUUGCACAUCGUUUUGGAGAUUGCGUACAAGUGCGAUGGAAUAGUUCGACAGAAAUGAUUUGUUUACGAUAUGUAUCAUGUACUAGAAGAGCUCAGUACAUAUGUGAAGUUUCAAGUCGAACAGAAUCGUAUUUCGACAACAGUCGAAGACUUCGAAUUUUAUCUCGAAGGACUAAACGGUUGAUUACUGAAGAACAUAUCCGAGCUCUUCCUAACAAGAAGCCUCCGAAAACGCCACCGAAAAAACCAGGAGCAUCAACACCGAAUAAAAAUCCUGCUUCCUCAAUAAAUAAUGCUGGAAACAUUCUUGUCAGUGGGAUCAAUACUGCUGGUCACGUUGCUAAUGCAGUGAAUAAUGUGUUUGGCGGCGCAAACAAUGCUAACAACGGGAAUACUAAUCAAAAUUACAACUCACAAAAUGAUUAUACUAAUAAUAAUCUGCAAGCGCUUGGAUCUGGUAAUGGUGAUAACAACAAAUCAGAUACCAGUUGGACGACUAUACUUUUUAUUGGCGCUCUUGUUAUCGGUGGAAUCAUGUUUGUAUUCGUCGUACUAUUCAUCGUAAUCUGUUUAUUACGAAAGAGUAAAACAAAUUCACGCAAUCGAAGAAGUGCUGGAAGUGUAGAAAGUACUCUAACUACCGGGACAUCCGAAUAA